AUGGAGAAAACUAAGAGAUUUGGAAUGAUUACUUUAGUUCUUUUCAUCCAAUUGUUGGUGUCCGUGUUCGCAGUUGCUUAUGCAUAUCUCAGGGAUGGAAAUAGCACCAGAGAAGGAACUGUGCAGGUCCGCUACCAAACCUCAUAUGGGACUGUGUGCGACGAUGAGUUUGGAUCCACAGAUGCGGACGUAGUUUGCAGGAUGCUCGGCUAUACUUUCGCGGAGUCCUAUUCAUGUUGUGCAGCAUUUGGAGAAGGAAUCGGUGAAAUUUUGUUUGACGGUCUCAAGUGCACGGGUGACGAAGUGACAAUUGGACAUUGCGAGCAUAACGCGCUUGGAGACCACAACUGUGGACAUCAUGAAGUUGCUGGAGUUACGUGCAUUAGACUGCCGGUCCGCCUUGUCGAAGGAAAUGCACCCAAUGAAGGUCGUGUCGAGGUAUAUUAUCUCGAUUCUUGGGGUACUAUCUGUGACGACUCUUGGGAUAUCAACGAUGCAAGGGUCAUCUGUCGAAUGCUUGGGUAUCCAGGUGUCUCUUCUGCCUUGGUCCGUUUCGGAGAGGCCACUGGUGACAUUAUCCUCGACGAUGUGGACUGCAACGGAUCAGAAACACAUCUCGCACAUUGUAAUCACCAUGGUUAUGGGAUCCACAACUGCUCACAUUCUGAAGACGUGGGUGUCAUAUGCAGCGGGGAGGCCGAUCUUAAGAUUCGCCUGGUAGACGGUCCAGAUGAAAGUCAAGGACGCCUUGAAAUGUUUUAUUUCGGAUCAUGGGGCACUGUGUGUCAAUACGGAUGGACUAUGUUCGAUUCGGAAGUGGUCUGCAGAAUGCUGGGAUAUGUUGGGGCUGCAGCAUAUUCAUUUUAUUCAUCAUAUGGACGAGGGACUGGAGAAAUCAUUCUAAGUGAACCUAGAUGCUCAGGAAAAGAAUCGAGUCUCUUGGAAUGUAAUCGAGCUUAUGAUCUUGGUGUCACCUAUUGUGGACAUACAUAUGAAAUAGGAGUGUCAUGCUUAACAUUGGAUGAUCUGCAAGUUCGCUUGGUCAAUGGAAGUUCUGACAAAGAAGGUCGAGUAGAGAUUCUUUACCUUGGUACGUGGGGAACAGUGUGCGAUGACAACUGGGAUCUCAAUGAUGCAAACGUAGUAUGCAGAAUGUUGGGUUUCGAAAGGGCAGAAAGCUACUCCUGUUGUCCCGCCUUUGGACCAGGAACUGGACCCAUACUCCUGGAUGAAGUUGAAUGCGAAGGCACAGAAUCCAAUAUAGGCCAUUGUCGAAGAAGUGAUUAUGAGACUCACAACUGUGACCACUCCGAAGAUGUAGGAGUAUCGUGCAUUGAAUUUGAAGUGACUGAAGCAUCGUCUUCAACCAUGACCAUGCCAUCUGGCAAUCGAAUCGGUCUAUCCAUGGCUGCGAUGUAUGGUUUAUUCGGAUUCUUAAUCGCCUUGGUAAUUUGUAUCCUCCUGGUUUGUAUCAUCGUGACGUUAAGAAUGCAGAAAUACAGCCGAUUAAUAAAGGAAUCCAGAAGUAAGGUGGCCGAUAAGAUUUCUGCUCCAGCAACUGAGAACUGUUACAACGGACCACAGUCCGACAAGGAAGCGUAUAUGGAACUUAACAUUCACCCUGGCUCGCGAACUCAAGGAGGAUCUUCAAGCAAUCGGGAUGGACCAUACGAUACACCACGACCUGUUACCAAUGACGACAAAAUUUACGAAAAUGUUCGAUUAUAGAUUUAUUUCAGUGAUCCCAUUCAAGGUCACCAAUUCCCAGUGCGUUGAAAUAAUUUAAACCUGAAUAUAAGAACCCAUAUGGUUCGUACAUUGUCAAAUGCCUUUUUGAAAUUAA